UCAAACAAAUGUCAUUCAGAUUUGUUCACAGGAUUUGUUUAUCGGCUUGUGUGUGCUGUUUUAUGUUGUUCUACUUGUCCCAAAUAAAUCAAAAUCUUGCAGUUUCUGAAACGAAAAAUAGCCGCUGUAACACUGCGCUGAUAUCAUAAAAGGCUACUUGUUAUAUCUUAGUGGUUUGAAGUGCAAUGAAGAGUUUGUAACCUACAACACAUUUGAUUACAAACAAACUUAAUAUAUCAAGCUAUAUAAUGGGUGUAACAGUAUUACAACAGUACCCAGUCCCUGAGAACAAGACAGGGACAUAUGUGAUAGAGCUGCUAACUAAACGGAUACUGGCUCUCGGAGCAACACAGCAGGGGCAGUUCCUAGUCGACUGUGAGAGCUACUUGUCACAUCCACAAAUGGGAACAACAAAAACAGUGCACAUAUUCCAUAAUUCGGAACAACCAGCAUCCGUCUUCUCAAUCCUUGACACCGGUACCAAGAACAUCCAUGUCAUAGCUGAUGGUCUAUUCGACUUGCUGAUGAUGAAGUUGUCACAGAAUUACACUUCUAAGAAACAAACGAAGAUUGAGAGUAAGGGACCGAGGUUUGAGCUUGGCGAUUUCUGCGUAAAGCUUGGUUCAGUCACAAUGAAUCAAAGUUUUAAAGGAAUUCUUGUUGAGGUGGAAUAUCGUCCAUGUGUCACCGCGAAUGCCGUAUGGGGGUUACUUCGAGAGUUCCUCCAGGGUCUACUAGGACCCUCAGUGCCAGUCCAGCCGCCACAGCACCUGUUAAGCCGGAUGAACGAGAUCUAUACUCCGAUAGAUACUAUCUAUCAGUACUUAGAACAUUUUAGUGCUUAUAGGAAAAUUACUGGGAUGAGGAGUGCGUAGUUUAAAAUUUUUUGUGGAUGUGUGAUAGUUUUAAGUUAUGUAAUAAUAAAAUAUUUUGUACAUCAUGUUUUGUACAUCA